AUGAUGGUCAACGUGUUAGGAUCGAACCCCUCCCAGGCAUCGGGCAGAGGCGCUGGUUCUACGCGCCGGAAUGACGAAACCGGAGAAGCGCAGGGGCCGCCCAAAAAACAAAGGAGACAACGGCCCUCUCUCAGCUGCGCAGAAUGUCGCCGGCUGAAAAUGAAAUGCGACCGCCAGGUGCCAUGCUCCAAUUGUGUCCGUCGACGCCGGGCCCCGUUCUGUAAUCCGGGGAUAACCGGCCAAACACCGCCACGCAGAGAGUGUGGGGUGCACCAAAGACCGCGCCAGGCUGCUGGGCAUGAUCAGCCCUCGCAAUCCCCGGGCGGAAUUACUCGCCUUUCACCUGCGACCCAUGAAUCUGGCCCUCACCACAUACAACGAUGGGACGUGCUACCCCAACAUGGCUUCCCUCAGCAUCACAAUCAUGGCCAAGCUAUUGUCGCUGCGCCGGGCUCCGCGGACGCUCGGGGUCGGAACUUGGGGCCGCAGCAGAGCGGCAGACGGGAUGAACAACUCGCCCUCCUCGCCCAUGUGCUACAGUCAGACUCUUUGCAGAAUUCUCCUUCGAUGGCCACAAGCCGAAUUCCUCUAGCUGACCACAGUGUAAGCAAAGAUACUGGCUUGCAGAACUCCGUCGCACAGCCCGUCGGGGUUGGCGAACAGAGCGGCUCCUAUGGCACAUUGAUGUUGGGUAAGGGAGGUCGGUCAAAAUACUUGGGACCGACCGCGGGCAGUGAAUGGUUGAAAGAAUCCGAAACACAAGACAUAUCAGACAGUCCGCCGGUUACUCGCGCUCCUUCUCCCAAAAUAGCCCAAGAGCCGGUUCGAUCUCGAUCUGGUCGGUUAACGCCCGGUACUGCUCCCAUCGCCUUUCCUUUCAACGUUGCAGCCUCCCACGUCAGUACCCGCGAACUGCUCUCCCGCCUGCCGCCAAGGGAGGAGGCGGAGACAUUGGUUGCGUCGUACUAUCGCUACUGUGCUUGGCAUCAUGAUGUGGCUCCCAGAGCCACUUUCGACAAGACAUUUGACCGAGUCUACGCAAGUUCAAGUCAGACGUCUUUAUCGCCAAACGUCAAUCCACAGGAGAUUGCACUCGUGUUCAUUAUCCUGGCUCAAGGAACCAUGUUCAAUAUUGAGAUGCCCAACUACGAUCCAUCUACCGAAGACUGGCUACACCUCUCGGAGCUGGCUCUGGUCAAGGGACGCUUCCUCUCAAAUAACAUGGUAGCCGGUCUCCAGACCCUAGACCCCCUUCGUUGCGUGAUUCUUCAUGCUGACAAUUGGAGUAGACAACUGGAUAAAGGCGGAAGAGGUGACAAUUCCUGGCCUCUUUGGGGAUUGGUCAUGCGUUUAGUCCAAGCGAUGGGUAUGCACCGGGACGGUACCCGCUGGAACCUCUCUCAAGAUGUGAUUCAAGAAAGACGCAAGGUUUUCUGGGAGCUGAAUGCUGCCGAUACAUUCCAGGCUCAUUGCUUUUCGAGGCCGUACGGUCCCCUCCGCCUGUGUGCGAUUAAUCCUGAGCAUUGCGACGUCGAAUUCCCCGCCGAGCCGCUGCAUGCAAGUCGCGAGAAGAGCUAUUCCAGACUACGAUUCGAGCUAUCUCAGCUUUCUUCCGAGAUCCUCAAUAUGGCCAUGAAAGUACGGAAACCACCGUACUCUGCUGUCACUGAUCUAGAUGUUAGGCUGGCCGACUUUGAACGCAACCUUCCCUUCUCCCUUCGUUGUCGAGCAGCGUUCCUGUCCAUGCCCUCUCGGUACCCCCACGUCCAGGCGGCAAUCGAGGCAUCACCAGAACCAUCUCCAAGGUCAAUGACCAUCUCUUUCCAGCAAAGUAAUCUUGCACUCAACAUAUCUGAGACGAUAAUUAACCUGCAUCGGCCUUAUUAUGCUAAAGCGCUCUACGACAUCAACGAACGUACCAAAUCCAUAUAUGCGCCCUCAUUUCUCACAGUGAUCGAGCGUUGCGGGAUUAUCAUUGCUAUUGUUGAUGACAUCCAUACCCGUUUCCCCGCGGUCAGCACCAGACAAUGGAAUUUCUGGGUAGGUCAAUCUACUCCUUUCCACGGCGCCAACACUCCGAGAUACUGCCGUAAUCUGCAGUGGCCUUCGAAACUGCGCGCUCGGGCAUCGUCCAAGAUUGCCACAGUGUCUACCGCCACCCAACAGGUUGACUCGCAGCGAGACCACGGCGAUCCGGACGGACAGGAAAUUGGUCGAGAAGACAGAGAGGAUAGUGAGGAUGUUGAGUUACUCGGUUGGCGGACUACGUUGAUAGAACGGGCUGGUCAAGGUCGUCCGACUAUCCGCACUAUUCGGCUUGCUGAGACGCCGACCGAUUCUUAUGAGAGCUUAGAUGUCUCAAACGCAUCGCCGCAUGGGCAUCCUCAAGGUGAGCUGGGAACAGGCGAUAAUAUCAUGAUGCCGGGCUCAUCCCUUCCUAUGGUGACCCCCGACUCGACAAACGAACUUUUACAAGACUUUUGGGAUCCAAUGCUGCUACAGGAUAUAUUGGGAGGUAUUCCAGUGGAGUAG